AUGAAUGUCAUUUUCAUGCUAGCAUCCUUGUUCUGUGUUUUGUUUAUUACUACACACUUUGCCAACAAGUAUGUCCUAUCCGAGCUGAGGUUUACAUAUCCUACAAUAUUCCAAGGAUGGCAGACCUUGGUUGGUGUUGUCAUGUUCAAGGCAUUAAUAUCUACAGGCCACGUAGAGAAUCUGCUGCAGGGGAAGGAAUGGCAUGACUGUGCCUUGUGGCUUCCUGGCAUGAUGAGUUUUCUUAUAUCUAUAUACUCCGGCUCAAGAGCAUUAGCCAAUCUGCCAAUUCCAGUGUUCUUUGUGAUGCAAAACCUGACACUUGUCUUCAGAGCAACAUACAACCUGGUGUUUCAUAGACAGAUACUGUCAGUAUAUUCCUACCUCAUGCUGAUGCUCUCAGUGUCAUCCGCUGUGGCUGUGGCUAAAACAGAUCCACAGUAUGAUCCAGACGGAUAUUUCUGGAUGUGUGUACAUGUAGUCAGUUUAGGGUUUUUUGACAUCUAUACAAGUGUGAUGAAAGGGAGGUUGAAACUAAGGGCCACAGAGAGACUGUUCUGCUGCUAUUUUUACAGUUUUCUUGUCCUGGCUCCCUGUAGCUACUUUCUGGGAGAUGCCCUAGAGGCUGCCAGGUUUCCGUAUCUGUAUUUUACCAAAUUUUACUUGGGCUGUAUACUGAGUGGAGUUCUGGGUAUGCUGCUAAACGUGUGUGCUAUACGUAUUGAUGAGCUCAGGUCUGUACAGUCUCUGAUGAAUGUGAACACUAUUCAGUCUGUGGCCAAGAUAUUGUGUUCCUGUGCUUCUCUGAGCUUCUAUGACAUGAAGAUGACACACUCCUUUAUUUGUUUUAUUGCCAUUAACCUUGUGUGUUGUGUUGGCUUUUAUGAGAGCACAAGUCACAGGAGAACACAACUGCUGCCUAUAAACUAUUCCAGACGGAAUGACGAUCAGAGUUCUCUAGAGAGCAGCAUUUUGUCAGUUGAUGGAUCUCAGAAGUUGAAGCGACAUGAGCUGCAGCAAGAUAUGAUCCACGCCGACUUAAUCUGA